AUGAAUACACUCUGCUUCGUGCACCUACUUCGUGACCUGGAAAUGGUCGUGAACCACGACGUGCUUCCGUCGGGAUGGCCGACGCCCUCUCAUUCCUCGAAAAGCGCAAAGGAAGGAAACGAUGACAGGAGCAGUACGCACGAGCAGGGCGCACCGUGCUCUGACUCCCGCCAGGACCAUUGGGCGUCUCGUUUCCACGAUGCCAAGGGGUACUUUCAAGCUAAGGAGAGAGCCAACGGGGCGCUAAACCAAGCCUAUCCCCAUUGCAACGUCGAAAUGCUCGUUUAUGGGAUGGACGUCCCAGGUCCAAGUCUGUGGUGGACGAACCGAGCCUCGGCUUCUGCAGAUAAUUACCUACAGACAUGCCCACUCCCACGCGACAGCAGCAUGGGAAAACCGAAUGCGUUUAACUUGUACGGACUUCAGGACUGUCAUUUCGGGGGAUUAAGGGAAAUCUUUGGGGCCCAACCAGACGACCGACGGUAUCCCAUGCCCGCAUACCCGGAACGCUACCAGCGAGAACGAGGUGAAAAUGUGUAUGUGUCGACAACAAACGGCACGGAGAUGAAAAUGGCCUAG